CAAAAUAAAAUAAGUAUGAAAUUAUAGCCGGAUAAAAUCUGUUGAGCUGCACCGCCUCUCAAACGCGCAUUAUGCCAACGGCAACACUGAUUCCCGCGCCUCCAAACCUGCUAAGUUCCCGACGUCCUCUGCCGCCGCACGACCGCCGGCGUUGCCUCCAAUUCCGAAGCGUGAAGGCGGAGGCGGUGGGAGGAGGCGGAGGCGGUGUUAAGACAGGCUUCCUGUCGGCGAUUGGGCGGGCAAUUGAGGAGGAGGAAUACAGGAAGGCUAGGGCGGAGGUGCAGCGGAGGGGAUUUGAUUUGGAAGGAUACUCAAUCGAAGGCGUUUCGAUUGGCGGUCACGAAACGUGUGUUAUUGUUCCGGAAUUGAAGUGCGCUUUCGACAUUGGGAGGUGUCCUGCUAGGGCUGUGCACCAGAACUUCGUCUUCAUCACGCACGCUCAUCUCGACCACAUCGGUGGGCUGCCGAUGUAUAUAGCUACUCGGGGUUUAUACAACCUGAAGCCCCCUACUGUUUUUGUGCCUCCGUGCAUUAAGGAGGAUGUUGAGCAGCUAAUCGAGAUUCAUAGGAAAAUGGGGCACGUCGAUCUGAACAUUGAUUUGGUAGCCCUGGAUGUAGGGGAAACAUAUGAGAUGCGGAACGAUCUUGUUGUUCGGCCGUUCAAGACACACCAUGUUAUACCUAGUCAGGGUUAUGUCGUUUACUCUGUUAGAAAGAAGUUGAGAAAGCAAUAUGUGCAUUUAAAAGGAAAACAAAUUGAGAAACUAAAGAAGUCUGGAGUUGAGAUCACAGAUACUAUAAUACACCCUGAAGUGGCCUUUACGGGAGACACAAUGUCGGACUUUUUCCUCGAUCCACACAGCGCUGAUGCAUUGCGAGCCAAAAUUCUCAUAACUGAGGCAACGUUUCUAGAUGAAAUGGUCAGUGUCGAGCACGCAAGAGAACACGGCCACACCCAUCUUUCUGAGAUCAUGGAACACGCACAAUGGAUUCGCAACAAAGCCCUAGUGUUGACUCAUUUUUCAUCUCGCUACCAUGUUGAGGACAUUCGGCAAGCAGUUUCGAAGCUGCAGUCUAAGGUUUCCGCUAAAGUAAUUGGUUUAACAGAAGGAUUCAAGUCGGCGUACACUUAGAUCGCUGCAAAUUUUGUAAGUUCCUGUAUCAAUCCAUUUUGCAUAAUGUAUCUCAAUACUAGUAUCGGUUUUUUUCACUAGAUGAAAUCAGCACCUUAGUUUGCGGUAUCAAUAGAACCGAAUAGAGAGUAAUCUAUGGGAACAUAGAAAUCUUAUCUUCUUAUUUAUCCAUUAAUCUAUACAACUUUCAAAUUGCUGUA